AUGAGGCGGCCUAUUGUCAAGGUGGGAAGCAUACUACUGCUGUGUGUGGGGAUUGUUGGUCUCUUGUUCAUUAUGCAAGAAAGAAAAGAUGGAAUUGAAGAGAUUGAAGAUCAGCCAAUUCUCACUCCUCAUGUUACCUCUGAACCUGCUACCUUAAAGAAACUUGAAUGGGUCUCCCACUGUCAGGAGAACUCCUCAGUGGAAAGUAUUUAUAAAUUUUCCAAAUUACCUGCACACAUUAAAGACUUUUUGAGAUAUAAACACUGCACAAGCUUUCCACAGAUUCUUAAUGCACCACAGAAGUGUGGUGGAAGAGCUAAAUCCAAAAGGGUAUUUCUGCUUCUUGCCAUAAAGACUUCCCCUGGGAAUUAUGAAAGAAGAGCCAUCAUUCGCCAGACUUGGGGGGAGGAAAACAGCUAUAACGGUGCCCAUAUCAGAAGGAUUUUUCUUUCUGGAACUUCCAAAAAUGAGAGCGAGGACAAACAAUUAAGGCAACUUCUAAAAAUCGAAAGUGAAACCUACGGUGAUAUAUUACAGUGGAACUUCCAUGACACAUUUUUU